AGUAUGUUCCGACAGGUCCCAACAUUCAUAUCCGUUCCAACACUUGUUGAUAUUUACAUUUUUUGUUUGUUGUUCGUUUGCUUUUUUGAUCUAAUACCGUCGCGGUAACGUUAUCUGUGAUAAAAAUGACAUAAACGUUCGAAAUGUAAUUUUGUUAACGGAAAAGAAUUAACGAGAACUGAAGCAAUGCCGCGAAUACUCUUUAAAUUUAAAUUCAUUUUCGUUGCAACUCUCGCAUUGCUGACCUUAAUUUUGAUUUAUUUAUUAUUUUCUGAAAAUUUCAACAAUUAUGACGAAUUUGUUGUUGUCAGAGCAAUAGAACCGUACGACGACGAUGAAAUUUCUCCGUCCAAUUUGGUAAAUUUCACAAACUUUCAAUACAAAAUCAAACCAGAUUCAUUGUGCAAUAAUUUCGAAGAUGAACUACUUGGUAUUAUUAUCGUAACAUCUUAUGUUGGUCAUGACGAAGUGAGGUCAGCUCAUCGACAAGCACUGACCCAGCAGAAACUACGCUCAAUGGGACUGUUGCGUGUCUUUCUCCUAGCCGACAUUCCGCCAACCGAAACGUUUAUCGAACAAAAAUCCAUCUACGACGAAAGCGAUCGUUUCGAGGACAUUGUGCAGGGAAAUUUUGUCGAAGCAUACCGGAAUCUCACUUACAAACAUGUAAUGGGAUUACGUUGGGCUGCGUCUGAAUGCUCGGUAGCAAAGUAUAUUAUCAAAGUCGACGAUGACACAGUGUUCGAUGUGUUCUAUCUGCAGACUUAUUUGGAGAAUUUAGAAUCGACACUGGACUAUGCCAACGAACACAUACUGGCCGGUUAUAUUUUGGAUGGUAAAAAACCGAUACGACUACAAGCGAGCAAAUGGUACGUUACGGUGCAAGAGUUUGGUGAUAACAUUUAUCCGGACUAUCUGUCCGGAUGGUUAUACAUAACAAAUCCUCGCACAGCCCGGGCACUUGUUGCCGAAUCUCAAAUUCAACCCUAUUUCUGGAUCGACGACACAUGGGUUACAGGCGUGCUUCGCGAUAAACGAAAUAUUCCGUUGACCCGGUUAAACAAUUGGUUUUCGGCCAAUUCCCAGUUUUUGGAUUGUUGUGUUGCCGAUGCGCGGAAGUACUCUUUCAGAUGCGAUUAUCAUGUAGGGCCCAACGGUGGCGAUGUUAAAUUGAUAACGGCUUUUGUGGAUGCGAUGGAAAAGUGCUACGAAAAUGAUUGUGUUGAACGGACACCGACUCAAUCGGUUAAGCAAACGUGCGUCGGACAAGUGAAGAACAUAAUUGGACAGCAUGGUGAAGCGGUGGUCAAAUCGAUUAAAUUGUGAUCUUUUACUUAACUAAUGAAACUUAGCCAUACUUCGUUUAUUUAAUCAAAAAUGUUUCUAUCACAUCGUUCUGAUAAGAGUAAAAUUUUCUAAUAAAAUCCGAGAGAAACGAACAUUUUACGCACCC